GUUAAAAUGGCAGUGCAGGAGUUAAUUCGGCUCUAUUUCCAACUCGGACUUCACUGUAAGGACAUUGCUGCUUUGCUUGCUAGUCGUCAUCGCUAUAUUGUGUCUGAAAGACAUUUAAAACGAAUUAUGAAGGCAUGUAGUCUGUUUCGGCGCAAAGGAUACACCUCUUUGGAUCGCGUGGUAGAUUUCAUUCACCAGCAGUUACAAACAAGUGGCCAGCUGUGUGGAUAUAGGUGGAUGUACACUAAAUGCAAGGAGGAUGGAUUACACGUCAAGAAAGAAGAGGUGCGCUUAAUUCUUAAAGAACUUGACCCGAGGGGUGUUGAACUCAGAGGAAGGAGACGGCUCCAUCGUCGAAACUAUUUCGCAAAAGGGCCCAAUUAUAUUUGGCACUUUGACUCUUAUGACAAACUGAAACCAUUUGGUAUCUGUAUAAACGGCUGUAUUGACGGAUUUUCACGGAAAAUUAUCUGGAUGAAUGCAUUUACGACCAACAGUGACCCAACAGUCAUUGGAGGCUACUAUAUGGAGGCAGUGAAGAAAUUUGGUGGUUGUCCGAGGAUUGUCAGGGGCGAUCGGGGCACUGAAAAUGUUAAAGUCAGAGACUUUCAGCGUUUUCUCCGUCGCAACAUUCAUGACGGCUCUGGUAUUGACAGCUACAUCGAAGGGGCAAGCACAGCAAAUCAGCGCAUAGAGAGUUGGUGGGGUUUCCUCAGAAGAGAAUCAAUGGAAUUCUACAUCUCUAUGUUCACUGACCUGAAGGACCGUGGUUUGUUCGGUGGUACAUACUUGGACCGAGGUCUAAUUCAGUUCUGCUUUAUGAGCUUCAUUCAGGAUGAAUUAGACGAGACCAUCAAUGUGUGGGAUGCACAUGUCAUCAGACCAUCAAAGAAUGACAGGGUGCCCAGUGGUCGCCCCCGAAUCAUGUACAUGUUCCCAGAACUCUACACAACUUGUGAUUGCAUUUCCCCAGUGGAGAGAGCUGAUGUACAGUUGUGUCAGAGUAACUGCACAUUUCGACCAGCAGUGCCAUGUGACACAGACAUCUACAACAUCUGCAACAUUCUGAUGGCAGAGUCACGGCUGCAUCUUCCAGCUGAUGCUUAUCAAGCAUUGGAUCUGUACCUGCACCUGAGGAAUGAGAUAACAUCUGCUCUCUAAUUUGAGAUUAAAUUUUAUUCAGAUUAUUCAGGGCUACAACAUGUCUACACUGACUACACUUGAACAGUGCUAUGCCACAAACAUUAAGAACAUUUUGCAGCAAAACUGAGGUGCAAAUAGGAUUGAUAUGUCACUAUAUCCACACUGACUACAAAGAGAAACAAAGCAGGACAUGAAAGAGGAAAUCAACAGAACUUAACAACCAUAUGAAAUGUAUUGUACUUGCAUUGAACAGGAAUUUCUUUGUUGAAUGAUGACAAAAAUUCUGAACAUCAUUCAGAGUCACAAUUGUAUAAAAGAUGCACAUGAGAAAAUGUAAUAUUUGUACAAAAGGGGACUUUCACCUAUGAGAACAGACCCUGCUGACUUAUCAAAAUUAUUAAACUUAAACUGUCUUGUGGAAAAAAAUUGAAUCUCAAUGUA